GGCGGAAAGGCGCCCCUGCCACUGCGUCGUUAUUGACAGUAAAAGCUGGCAAAUAAUAGGGUUCUGCCUGUACUCUACUCAUACGUAGUUAGUUAGUCCAAGUAGAGAGCUGCCAUGACCGACGCGCUAGAGCUCAGAAAACUCGUGAAAUCACUGCAGCACUCUUCGACCGACCAGGAGAUCGUCGAUCUGCUCAAUGUCCUGAGGAAAGAGGCCAAAAUCACGGAGGCUUUGCUGCGGGAAAGUAAGGCAGGUUUGGCUGUGGGAAAGCUACGCCAGCAUGCAUCGAAGGAGGUGUCCGAUCUCGCGAAGGAGGUGGUGCGCAAGUGGAAGCAAGAGGUCGAGAAGGAAAAGCAGGCUGCCGGUGGCUCCAAAGCCAAUGCUAAUGGGAAAUCUUCUGCCUCAGCACCUGUGCCUAGUCGAAAGUCAUCAGUGGCAUCGGUCACGCCCACUACGCCCACCACGCCUUCUGGGAAUAGUCUCGCAAAUGGGUCUACUCGGUCAUCUAGAUCAGACGGCGUCAACACAAACGUUACAGGAGACAAGACGCGCGAUAAAUGCAUCGAGCUCGUCUAUGAUGCGCUCGCUUCCGAUUCUGGUGCCCCGUCUGAUUUAAUUCUCAGCCGAGCAAAAGCCGUUGAGAGCGCUGUUCUCACAGAAUACAAAGGCACAACCGCCGCGUACAAGACCAAAAUCCGCCAAAUUUUCGUCAACCUCAAAGACAAGAAUAACCCAGGUCUGCGAGAAAGUGUCAUCAGCGGAGAUCUCUCUGCGCAGAAGUUCGCGAAGAUGACAAGUCAGGAAAUGGCGUCAGAAGAACGUAGAGCAGCGGAUCAGAAAAUCAAGGAUGACAAUCUGUUCCAUUCCCUGGGUGCGGAAGAGCAACAGGCUGAGACCGACGCGUUUCAGUGCUCACGCUGCAAGCAGAGAAAGUGUCGCUAUCGUCAAGCGCAGACGAGGAGCGCUGAUGAGCCUAUGACAACAUUUGUGACAUGCACAAACUGUAACAAUAGAUGGAAGUUCUCGUAGACAACCCUACGUCUCUCCGUCUCGGCUUCAAAGCCAUUGUAACCUUGACUCCCUUGCCUCCUACCCUCUUCUCUCAGUCUCUGGGCGAACCGCCCACGGCCGUGCUAGUUUGCUUUACUGUAUUUAUGCAUUUUUCUCUCGAGCUACCAAAGAUCCUGCUUCCAACCUUCUUGGUUCUUUCUUUUGUACUGUGUACUGCUUUGUUUGAGUACAUACGCAUCAUCCUCUCCGCGAUUGCCUUUGACUACAUAAAACAAGUAUCAUCUUGCUCCGUAAGUAUUAUACCACCGUUAUUGUGUUCCAUUCGUUCUACAGCUACACCAAGUUCACUUUCCGUGACUGACGAGAAUCUGACGAGACAUUCUCGAUCG